UAAACUGUUGCUGUGGGUUUUGUUCCCAGUCCAGCUGCCUACAGGUGAGAAGAUCACCUUCCUGGACACGCCGGGUCACGCCGCCUUCUCCUCCAUGAGAGCCCGUGGAGCAGACGCCACCGACAUCGUCGUCCUAGUGGUGGCGGCUGACGAUGGCGUCAUGAACCAGACGGUCGAGUCCAUACGGCACGCCAGGAGAGCCAAAGUGCCGCUGAUCGUGGCGGUGAAUAAGUGUGAUAAGCGUCAGGCCGACCCUCAGAGGGUGAAACAGGAGCUGCUCGCUCACGACGUCGUCUGCGAAGAAUUCGGAGGAGACGUUCAGGCCAUCCACGUGUCUGCGCUCAAGGGCGACAACUUGCUGGCUCUAGUGGAGGCCACGGUGGCGCUGGCAGAAGUUCUGGAGCUGAAGGCUGAGCCGAGCGGCGCCGUGGAGGGACUCGUCAUCGAGAGCCGCACCGACCGAGGCAAAGGUCUUGUAACGACGGCAAUUGUGCAACGGGGGACGUUGCGGCGCGGCUGCGUGCUGGUGGCAGGGAGGAGUUGGGCCAAAGUACGCUUCCUGUUUGAUGAGAACGGGCAAGCGGUGAAGGAGGCGGGGCCGAGCGCGGCGGUGGAGGUGGUGGGCUGGAAGGAGCUGCCGUCCGCCGGCGAGGUCAUCCUGGAGGUCGAGUCUGAGCAGCAAGCGAAGGAGGUGGUGGAGUGGAGGAGGUACGAGGAGGAGCAGCUGAAGCUGCAGGAGGAGCAGGGCGUCAUCGAGCUCAAACAGAAACAACACCUGGAGGAGUACAGGAAGGAGAGGGAGGGGCUUACUCACCUGAGCUGGAGGAAGAGGAAGUCGCUGCUGUACCAGGCCAAUAAGAGCAAGUUUGCCGCCAGGCCGAGCGAGAAGACGGACAGCGCCGAGAACAGCCUGCCGCUCAUCAUCAAAGGUGACGUGGACGGCUCCGUGGAGACCAUCCUCAACAUCCUGGACACGUACGACGCCCAGCAGCAGUGUCAGCUGGACGUGAUCCACUUCGGCAUCGGAGACGUUUCAGAGACCGACGUCAACAUGGCCGACGCGUUCAAAGGUUCCAUUUACGGCUUCAACGUGGCGGCCAGCAGGUGGAUCCAGCAGCUGGCGGACAGACGCGGCGUCCCGCUGAGGCUGCACAACGUCAUCUACAAACUGAUGGACGAGCUGAAGGACGAGCUGAGCGGGAAGCUGCCUCCGGUCGUGUCUGAGAACAUCAUCGGUGAAGCCGCGGUGCUCGCCAUCUUUGAUGUCACCGUGGGGAAGAAGAAGGUUCCUGUUGCUGGCUGUCGAGUCCAGAAAGGUCUGCUGGACCGACGACUCAAGUUCAGAGUGAUCCGCGGUCGAGACGCCAUCUGGGAGGGUGAGUCACACCUGUCACGCCUGAAAUAUCUGAGACACCUGACAGACCUGUCACACCUUAGAU